AUGGUCAGAGAUUACAGGCAUGCUACAGGAGAUGGUCAGAGCCUGUGAACAUGCUACAGGAGAUGGCCAGAGACUAUGAAUGUGCUACAGGAAAUGGUCAGAGAUUACAGGCAUGCUACAGGAGAUGGUCAGAGACUGCAGACAUACUACAGGAGAUGGUCAGAGACUACAGCCAUGCUACAAUAGAUGGUGGACAUGCUACAGGAGUUAGUCUGAAACUGUGGGUGUGCUACAGGAUAAUGUCAGAGACUACAGGUAUGCUACAAGAGCUGGUUAAGGACUGUGGACAUGCUACAGGACUCCGCACAUGCUUUAGAAGUUGAUGGGUAAAUGUCUCAGGAAACAGUCAUAGACUUGAGACAUAUUAUAUGAGACAGAAAAAGAACACAG